UAAAGUACACUUGCAGAGGGAAAGUCCGCUCAAUAUAGGCAGUUUUAGUAUAGAGGAAAACAGCAAACGCAAGGAUUUAGCGUUAGCGUUGCGUGCUGCAAGCUGCGCAUGCGCAGAACGUAAACGUAGCCAGAACUCUUACGUACGUACGCAAGAGAUUUCAUUUCAUUUCAUUACCUUAAAGACCCCUUAAAGGGGUGGUUAAUAUGUUUACACAAGAAGAUGCAGGUGUUAUGGUGAAAUACAAGUUUGAAUAGUUUCCAAGAAUUCUGAAUGACAUGUGAUGGUAGUGGCAUUGAAGGGUAGGUCGUUCUAGUCUCUGGCAGCCCAAGGAAAAAAUGAAGUCUGAAAUGUGACAGUUCGUGUGCGAGGACGAAGCACUUGCAGUCGAUGGCUUGCUGUGACAUGCGUGAGGAUGAUGGCGUACGUAAUGUAAGGUGGGCGGCUUAGCGAGCUGUAAAAGAAUUUGUGAUAAAGAGAGAGCGUGGCAAUACGACGACGAAAAGCAAGAGAUGUCAAACUAGAUUCUGUCUUUAAGCGUGAAAUGCUGAUGUUAUAUGAAUAUGAAGAAUGGAUGAAUCUAGUCGCGCGAUUCUGAACUGAUUAGAGUGCAUUGAUGAUAUGCAUAGCUUGCACUGAUGUCAGUGAAAGGAAUUCUGGGAUAUGCGUCCGCCAUCCAUAUGAACCGCUCACUCUCCCACAGUCGUUGCAAGCAUCGCAAGACGUGUUGUCACCAUGGUCAUGUGCAUGGUAUUUGAUUGUUCCAACCGCAGUGACACCCGCAGAAGAAAAAAACCGACCAACAGCAACUUUUCUUUACCGAAGAUCGUGGAGAACCAGUGCGAGCGCACGAAAGCGUUGCAGCCUAUGGCUGGCGCACAUUAAACGUGCCAACUUAGACACCGAGAACCGCAACAUGCGAGUCUGCGGCGCACACUUCAUUGCAGGUAAAUAAUUCCUUUCGACUUUGACAGCGUGAUAAAGCCCAAACUGCAUGAAAGCGAUUUUGUGUGCGACGGCGACGAGCGACGGCUCGCAACACCGGGGAGACGGCGCUCAAAAUUGUCGCUCGCAUGCGGUACGACUUGUAGGCGACGAGCGAACGCGACAGCCAUCUCCAUCGCGUCGCUGUCGCGCGCAAGAUCGCGUGCAUGCAGUUUAUACUUAACGGCGAUAUAUAACGAAAGGUUCUUUGUGUAACUUUAUUCAUUUUGCGUUCUUAGGGAAGCCAGCUAAACUGUUCGACGAGACAGACCCUGACUGGGCUCCGUCGCUUCUCCUCGGCUACAGCGCCAUGAGCACGGAUCCCUCACGACACCAACGCCUCGAAAAACGACGCGCCGAAAAGCGGCAAGCGGAUGCCGAAAAGCGGGAAGCAGAACUGCAGGAACGGCGUGCCGAGGCUGAUGUGGCAGCGACAGGGAUCCAGCCGUGUGCCGAUCGGCCCUCGCCACACCCGACUGGAGAAACCGACGCUGACGAAAGUGAUACAGGUAAGUCAACACCUUUGCUUUGGCAAGUGAAGUUCGAGGCCGUUACCGGCGUCUAGACGAAUGAUUUGCAAGCGCGUCGUGAAGCGUUUCUGUGGGUAGCCAAAAUGAUCGCGUCACUUUUAAAUAUGCGACACUUUUUCAUUGCAGGUGUUGCAGUGCAGAGAUGUCCAUGGAGGACAUUCAGCUGUUGAGCAACAGUGCAUCUCACUGAAUGAGCGCCUCUAUCGAGAAAGAGGAGCUUGAGAUCUCAGAAAAUUCACUAAGGAGUUCUGAAAGGAAAGUCAUGUUCUACACGGGGAUGGCCAACUUCACUGUUCUCUUAGCUGUCUUUAAACUUGUGGAGAGUGCUGUAUCCCACAGCAUCAACAACAGCCUAUCAAAAUUCCAGGAAUUCAUCCUCUUUAUGAUGAAAAUCAAGGUGAACCUUCACAACACUGACCUUGCAUUUCGCUUCAAAAUUUCCGAAGCAACAGUAUCGCGGAUUUUUGACAAGUGGCUGCAUGGUGCAUAUUGUCGGCUUAAAUCCCAGAUAACCUGGCCAGGGCGUGAGGCACUGCAGCGUACUAUGCCACAGACUUUCUUUGAUUCGUUUGGGUCGAAAGUCUCCGUAAUUAUCGACUGCUUCGAAAUAAAGAUUGAAAGGCCGUCGUCUCUACUUUCUAGAAGUGAAACAUGGUCAACGUAUAAAGGAAGCAACACUGCAAAGUUUCUCAUUGCAAUUGCACCACAGGGUGUAGUAACAUACAUUUCAGAAGGUUGGGGAGGCCGUGUCAGCGACAAGCACAUUACAGAGAAUUGUGGCUUAUUGGACAAUUUGGUUCCUGGUGAUGUCCUCGCAGAUAGGGGGUUCAAUAUAGAGGACAGUGUUGGCUUUUAUUGUGCACGUCUCCAUGUCCCAGUAUACACAAAAGGGAAAAAGCAGCCGUCUCCCGAAGACGUGGAAAGAACAAGGAAGCUUUCAAAUGUUAGGAUUCACGUGGAGCAUGUUAUCGGCCUGAUCAGAAAUAAGUUUGUAUUUUUGAAGUCUACCGUGCCUAUUAACUAUGUUGCUCGUCGUGAAGGGGAUGAACUGACUCCACUUGACAAGAUUGUGACACUGUGUUGUGCACUCUGCAACUUGUGUCGCUCAAUAGUUGCAACAGUAAAGAACCAUAGCGAUGAAAAUGUCGCAACACCUGAGGACGACUGACACCGAGUAGUACAUCUGCUACAGGUAGCAUUGGGGUGUAUCCAGUGUAAUCACGGUUGGACACAAUGUGUGAUACUUGCUUUCAGUGUGUUGUAGAAUAUGCAUACCUGACAUUCUAGAUACGAAGUGGCCCAACUACAGAAAGCAUCUCAGCAAUCAAUACGUUUAAUACAAAAUGGCAAGCUUUAUUAAUGAAGGAAGUUAUGUAUGUUGACUGGCACUUAUGCAUGUAGCAAGGAGGAGACUAAUGGUUUUAGUACACUGCGCUCCUCUGAAUACUUUGUAGCAGGGGAAACUUGCAUUGACAUGCUUGAGACUGAG